UGUUUGCUGGUUGGUACAUUCCCUCUGCUGCUUAAUGUUGGGAUAAAAAAGGGGAAAAAAAAGAAAAAUUGAUUAGUGGAUUUGGAAAAAAGGAAAGAAAAAAAGGGGGGAUUUUUAGCUUAUAAUCAGCAGAGCUGAGGGAUGGAAAAGCAGCCGGGUACUUUGAGCAGAGAUCCUCAUGAGCUGUACUAUCUGAGAAUGCAAAGAAGCAAAGAAAAGAUGGAGAAGGUGAAAAGUGAAGAAAACCUGUAUCAGAACAAGAGGAGACUGAAAGUGUGUGUGGCGACGUGCAACAGAGCAGAUUACUCCAAGUUGGCUCCCAUCAUGUUUGGGCUGAAAUCCCAUCCUGAAGAGUUUGAACUGGAAGUCGUGGUGUUGGGUUCCCAUCUGAUUGACGAUUACGGAAACACGUUCCGUAUGAUCGAACAGGACGACUUUGACAUUGGCUCCAAACUCCACACCAUUGUAAGAGGAGAAGAUGAGGCAGCCAUGGUGGAGAGCGUCGGCCUGGCCCUGGUGAAGCUCCCAGACGUCCUGCAGAGGCUUCACCCAGACAUCCUGGUGGUACAUGGCGACCGUUUCGACGCCCUCGCUCUGGCAACUGCUGCCGCGCUGAUGAACAUUCGGAUACUUCAUUUGGAAGGAGGAGAGGUCAGCGGAACAAUUGAUGAUUCGAUUCGUCAUGCUAUCAGUAAACUGGCCCAUUAUCAUGCCUGCUGCACACGCAUGGCAGAGCAGCACCUCAUCGCCAUGUGUGAAGACCACUCUCGCAUCCUCCUAGCUGGCUGCCCGUCGUACGAUAAGCUGCUUUCAACUUACCACAGAGACGACUACGUAGAUAUCAUCAAGAGCUGGCUAGGGGACAAAGUGAAGGACCAAGACUACAUUGUGGCGCUGCAGCACCCGGUCACCACAGACAUCCAGCACUCCAUUAAAAUCUAUGGACUCAUGCUGGAUGCACUGAUCUCCUUUAACAAGAAGACGCUCAUCCUCUUUCCUAAUAUUGAUGCUGGGAGUAAAGAGAUGGUUCGGGUCAUGAGAAAGAAGGGCAUCGAGCAGCACCCCAACUUCCGGGCGGUGAAGCACAUUCCUUUUGAGCAGUUCAUCCAGCUGGUGUGCCACGCGGGCUGCAUGAUUGGAAACAGCAGCUGCGGAGUGCGGGAGGCCGGGGCCUUUGGCACGCCGGUCAUUAACCUGGGAACAAGGCAGACAGGCAGAGAAACUGGUGAAAAUGUUCUACAUGUCAGAGAUGCUGACACACAUAACAAGAUCUACCAUGCUUUGGAACUUCAGUUUGGAAAGCGAUAUCCUUGCUCCAAAAUCUAUGGUGAUGGAAAUGCAGUGCCUCGUAUUCUAAAGUUCCUGAGUAAUAUUGACCUGGAAGAGCCCCUUCAGAAGACCUUCUGCUUCCCUCCUGUGAAAGAUUCCUUUUCUCAGGACAUCGAUCACAUCUUGGAGACACAGAGUGCUCUGGCUGUGGACCUGGGAGGGACCAACCUGAGGGUGGCCAUCGUCUGCAUGAGGGGAAAUAUAGUAAAGAAAUACACUGAAUCCAAUCCAAAGACUUUUGAGGACAGGAUGCAUUUAAUAUUAAAGAUGUGCAAAGAUGCAGUUCAAGAUGGAGUGCACCUAAACUGCAGAAUCCUCGGUGUCGGAAUAUCUACCGGUGGACGUGUAAACCCACAGGAGGGCAUCGUCCUUCACUCCACCAAGCUGAUCCAGGAGUGGUCGUCUGUGGACCUAAGGACCCCAAUCUCAGACGCCCUUGGCCUUCCUGUCUGGGUUGACAAUGAUGGCAACUGUGCCGCUCUGGCAGAGAGGAAGUUUGGUCAUGGCAGGGGAGUAGAAAACUUUGUCACAGUCAUCACAGGAACAGGUGAGAAAGAAGGUAUUGGAGGAGGCAUUAUCCAUAACCACGAGCUGAUCCACGGUAGUACCUUCUGUGCUGCUGAGCUGGGUCACAUCAAGGUUUCUCUGGAAGGCCCAGAGUGUUCAUGCGGCAAUCAGGGCUGCAUAGAAGCCUUUGCAUCAGGCAUGGCUCUGCAGAGGGAGGCCAAGCGCCUGCAUGACGAGGACCAGCUAAUGGUGGACGGGAUGGAAAUGAAGCUUUCUGAGCAAAUCACUGCUGCUCAUCUCAUCAGCGCAGCCAGAAACGGCAAUUCCAAAGCAGACGCCGUUCUGCACAAAGCAACCAUGGCAUUGGGUGCAGGGAUUGUAAAUAUCCUCCACAUUGUCAACCCCUCGCUGGUUAUUUUGUCUGGAGUGCUGGCUUCUUAUUAUCAGGCUCCCGUGCAGCACGUCAUCACAGAGAGAGCGCUCUUCUCUGCUCAGUGCAUCAAGGUUGUAAAAUCCGACCUGGAAGAACCGGCCUUACUUGGCGCUGCUAGCAUGGUGUUAGACUAUGCAACUAGAAGGACAUACUGAGAAGACUAACCGUUCUAAAAAUGUUUAAACACACUUGAAAAUGUUUUACUGGAAUUUAUCAAAUUGAUAAGGAGGCUGGCUUAUAGUAAAGACUGUUAUUAUCUAAAUUUUGAAGCAUUUCCAGUUGCCUUUAGGUUUUCUUUUCUUAAUUGAAGCUGACAUUUAAUCAUAUGUACCACAGAGUUUAGCCAUGUUUUAAUCCGUUAACACCACUGCUGACAGCUGUAUUGAAACCAACCUUUUUUUUUUCUUUGCACAUCUCCCGCUAACUCUGGGCUCCUUCAGUCCAAACAAAGCUGCUUCAGAACCACCCAAGCCUUUCAUGACCUUUUAUUUAGCUGAAGUUCUAUUUAUAAUGUAUUAAAGGCAAUCUUAUUGUUUUAGCAAAAAUGAAUUUGUUAAUUCUGUGGGAAAGGUACAGGGGACAGCACAGAUAAAGAUAUGUCUACCAUCCCAUCCCCCCUCCCAUGAAAAUAUCCCUCCUGUCUUAAGUUGCUAGAUUUUUGCUUCCAACUUGAUUAAUUCCUCAGUUGGCUUUUCCCACAUUUUUUAAUCUCCAGGGAGGAUGUGUGUUGCUCCUCUGGUUGAUAUUUAUCAGAUAUCUUAGGAUGGUAUCAUCUGAGCUCUUAGAAAACUUUUCUAAACAGAAAUAUUGCCCUUGAAAAAAGCUAAAAAAUUCCCCAACUAUUCCUCCAGUUUAAACCUUAUAGUCUUUGUUCUAGGCCUGUUUACUACCAGAGUGUUUUUUGGUUUAAAAGAAAAAAAAAAACUUUCAUUUGUCCUUCAAUAAGAACUGUUUUGGUGAAAUGUACUUUUGUUUUUUACUGGAAUAAAAAGCUGUUAUAUUAAAAUUGUAACAUAAUUCUGGUAUUGGAAGGGUUGUGCUGCUUGGAACUGUCCACAAAAGAAUUUUUUUUGUUUCCUUGGGUUGAAGGAAAUCCUGCAUAUUAACUGACAUGUGGUGGGAAGGGGGUAAAGUAUAACAGGCUCAAUACUUUACCUCUUAUAUGCUCCUAAAAGUAAAACAAAGUUUUAAUGAAGCUCUGAAGUUUUUAUCUUAUUUUUGGUGUGUGGAAAAACUGAUGGGACCAAAGUGCUGUCAAGACAUUCUGCUGUAUGGAUUCUUCUUUUUUCUGUUGUUACAAAUUCUAUUAAUAAUUCAAGUUAUUGCAAUAUCUUUUAUGAACUUUUGUGUCUUGGAGAAUGUAGGCAACUGUAGUUUUUUUUAUUUUUGUUAUUUCCAUGUUGUUAUUGACUUCAUUUAAGGUGCAUAUGAGGGGCCUAUAGCUAUGCUGUCAGAUAGCUGCUUUAGUAGUAAAGGCUGGUGAGGGCUUAGAUUUUGUUGUAUAACAUAAACUGUAUUAACUAUUAAAUAUAUUUA